AUGACCUGUAAUUUUUUCAGUGAACUCUGUUGCCUGUUUUGUUGUCCGCCAUGCCCGGGGAAAAUCGCGGCUAAGCUUGCGUUCCUGCCUCCCGAACCCACGUAUGCAUUUACACCUGACGAAACUGGAUCAAAAUUUUCGUUGACACUCACUGAGCGUGCAGAAUGGCAAUAUUCAGAGCGUGAAAAAGAAAACAUCGAAGUAGACUUAGCAGCCCGUUAUGAAGUAGGCGCUGUGGUGUUACACUCACCCCUUAUGUCUGGCAUGCGAGUUGCUUUCCCAAACACGAAGAGGACAUGGUUCUUUGAUGCCUUUCCAAGUAUCGAUAAAAUUCCGAAGGUGACCUCCCCAGUUCUGGUCAUACAUGGAACCGAGGACGAGGUGAUAGACUUUUCCCAUGGACUAGCAAUUUACGAGCGUUGCCCCCGCGCCGUCGAACCCUUAUGGGUUGAGGGAGCGGGCCACAAUGACACUACUCAAGGUGAUGAUCAAAACCCCGCGUCGACAUUGAGUUCCGCAAACGUGAACGACUCCCUCAGCCCGCACCACGCGCGGGAGAGCGACAAGCGUUCGGAGAACAAGGAGCCCUCGGAGUCGGCCGCGCGCAGCCCCAGGGUGGCGCACAACAUCAGCAUCAGCGUGACGGACGCGGACUCGCCGGCGGGCGUGCGCCGCCGCGUGCACCUGCGCUCGCUCAGCGACGUGACGCCGUCGAGCCGCUCGCUAGCGCCGCGCGCGCGCUCGCACUCGGAGCGGCCGCGCGCCUCGCCCGCCGCCACGCCCGCCCGCUCGCCCGCCCUCGCCCGCCCGCUCGCCCGCGCGUUCGCCCGCGCGUUCGCCCGCGCGCACGCCGGGCGCGUCGCUGGCGCCGUCGCCGCUGCGGCCGGCGGUGACGCGCAGCGAGCGCUCCUCGCCCGAGGCGACGCCGCGCGCGCUCGCCGAGCCGCGCCCCGUGCUCGGCGACCCGUGGCGCAAGAUGAGCGAGGU